AUGGAAUUGAAAUUGAAACUGGAAUCAGGGGAUACUAUACCAAUCUCCGAUAAUCAGAAAAUAGGCAGGAAGCUUUUCAAAGACUAUCCCCAGUCUAAGACUAUUUCCAAAAACCAUGGACAGAUUUAUCUGGACAGAUACUUAGUCAUGUACGAAGAUCUAGGCAGUUUGCACGGCUCAUACAUUAUCAAAGAUGGAAAGCCGAGCAAGAUUACCCCUUAUGAGCCGCUCGAAAUUGGGAGGGGUGUGAAAUUGCAAUUAGCUAAGCAUUUGCAAGCACACGGUGGUAGAUACAAACCAAUGACUUUCACAGUCGAGGCAGAGCCAGAUUUCCGUUCAACCUCAUUUUCAGCUAGAUUCAGUGAUAUCAUGGACAGCGAUGAUAUCGAGGAGGUUUCCAGCAACAAACAAAGUGACAAUAAGAAGCCUUUGGUCGAGAAAGUCGACAGCGGUGAACUCUCUGAUGAUUCAGAACUCUUCGAGCCUUCCAGUGUACUAAAUCCUGCUCCAGGCUAUACAGCUUCGGACUAUGCUUCUGACAGUAAAGAAUCUGACAACAACGUAGAUUCGGAACUUGACGAACGAUUGAAUGAGUUAGAAUGCAUAAUAGCCGAGCACGAUGGGUCUCUCGAAAAAAUCGACAAUUCCAUGAGACAAAUAAAGGUCCAAUCAUUCAAGAAUGCAAUUAUCUACAAACGCCUUCAGGUCGCUAAACGUAAGGAUGCAUUCAGAUCCGCUAAACUCAAGUCAAACAAACUCAAGAAGGCGAGAAAGACGACUGAGAAGAUGAACGAAAAGAUGACGGAGAAGAUGACUGAGAAGAGGAUUGAAAAGCCAUCGAAUUACAAUCAGAGCCUCACAGCUGGCAUAAUAGGUGGUGCUAUAGGCGUCAGCUUGGGUGCAGCUGCAACAAUAACCUUUCUUUUGAAUCUGGAUUAA